UUAAUGUAAGACUUAAACACUAAGAGAUGUGGUCAGAUUGUUCGUAACACAGUGCCAAUCAGUGGAAUGGAAAGCCUUUGACCUGUUUCCACUUCACAUAACUUACUUGCGAUUGCGGCGACUACUUAGGCCCGAUAGCUAUUGAAAGAAAAAUCUUGAAUGGAAGAUAAUAUUGAUACAAAAAAGAACAUAAUUGUAGACAAUAUUGAAACCGAAAAAUUACAAAUGGAGGAUAAUAUUGAAACACAAAAAUCUCAAAUGGAAGAUAAUUUUGAAAAACAAAAAUAUCAAAUGCAAGAUAAUAUUGAAACAAAACAAUCUCAAAUGGAAGACAAUUUUGAAACACAAAAAUCUCAAAUGAGAGAUAAUAAUGAAACACGAAAAUCUCAAAUGGAGGAAAAUAUUGAAAAACAAAAAUCUCAAAUGGAAGAUAAUAUUGAAACAGAAGAAUCUAAAAUGGAAGUUAGUUUUGAAACAGAAUGUUCAAUGUUAGAUAAUAUAAUGCAAAGACCGCCGUCACACAUUACUGUUGCUAACUGGUCAAGGAAAAACACACCUACGGAAAAAACGAAAUCAUCGGCUUCAGUAAUAAGCGAGGAAGUAGAUGCAUUAAAUAAAUAUGAUUCAAAAAAGAAAUUGAUGAACAAUUCGGAUAUUUGUGAAAACACUGAAAAGGUCAUUGGAACUGGAAACACUAAUUUGUGCAUAAAUAAUGAAUCAACUUUGGAAUCAAUAUGCAAGAAAGACGAAAACGAAUAUCAGCUUGCAUCAAACAACGGUGAAGGGUUAAAUUCAAAAAAAGACGACCAAUUGUCUUGGGUGGUUCCUGAUGAUGAUACGGAUUCCAAUGUGUUAAACACGUCUGUUCAAUCGAUGAAAAAUGAAGAUACUAAGACUAAGAGGAGUUGUAUGGAUUGUAUUAAACCAGUACAAGUUAAAUCCUGGAAGGAAAUCAACACAGGCGACCACAUUAUUCUGUCGAGGAGUUUUUAUGAUCAUCAUGCAAUUGUAAUCAGAGUUAUUGAACCAAAGGAUGAUACCAGUGAUAAGAUUGAUUUAGAACUAAUUCAUCAAACAAACAGUACUAUGGGUGCCUUGUUGGACAAAAUCCGUCCGCUAGGAUCACUAGCUAAAUUACAACGAAAAACUGAAACUGUCGAUUUAAAAACAGAUAUAGUGAUGAUUUGUAAAUAUUGGGGAAGCAUUAAGCCGAGUUCUUCAGAAGAAGUAGUAAAACGCGCAAUUGGAGCUUUAGAGGUUGACCAAGUGGGAUUUCGGUAUGAUAUUAUUGAUAAUAAUUGCGAACAUUUUGCAUCUUGGUGCGUUACCGGAACAAAACUCAGCGUUCAAAUAAGAAAAGUAACAAUUGUUCUUAAAAUAUUUUUUCAGUUACGGAAAGGAUUCCGUGGUCUAAGCGACGAACUAUUGAGAAACCAGGUAGGAUAUGAUCAUGGCAUGCUUUGCAAAAUGUGCUUCGAGAGAAAUAAGAAAAUGCUGAGUGUACCUAAAUCAAAAGUUCUAAAAAGAGACCAGAUACAAAAAGGGGACAUAAUUUUGUAUAGCUAUUUCAAACUUCUACACUGCUCAGUUGUCCUUGAUGUCCUCAAGCGAAAAGAUAAAUAUAUUAAGUGCGAGAUUGCACAUUACGCAUUUAAGGGACCAUUCACACAGAAAAAGAUACAAAGUGAUAUUCUGAAAAUUCCAUUUAAUGGAUCAGUUUCAAUAUUUGAUUACUCGCAAUCGACUGAAUUUAAAACCUAUGAUCCUGAGGAAGUAGUUCGUCGAGCAAGAGAACGAUUAGGAGAGCAAAUGUUUUCGUAUUUUUCUAAUGACUCAAGCCACUUCGCCCGCUGGUGUAAAUUGAAAUUGAACUAGUUGAAACUAAUGAAAGAUAUACAAAUACAUUAGCUGGACAGAACUAACCGUUUGCUGAUUGAAUAUAAGUAAUUAAGAUUCAAUCUUAUACCCUAGUUAGGUUGGGUUAGUGUUGUUUAUUCUUUAGUUUUCUAUAUUGUGCCAUGAGUACUAUUGUUUGUCUGAUUGUCCUUUUCAUUUUAAGCCAUGGCGUUGUCAGUUUAUUUUCGAUUUAUGAGUUUAACUGUCCCUCUGGUAUCUUUCGUCCCUCUUUUAAAGCUAGCCUAACAAAUAAACGUCGACUCGAACAAACCUAAUGAAGCGAAGACUAAACUAAAUAUAAAAAAGAAGAUGUGGUAUGAUUGCCAAUGAGAUAACUAUCCACAAAAGACCAAAAUGACACAGACAUUUAAAACAACUAUACAUAACCGUACGGCCUUCAAUAAUGAACAAAGCCCAUACCGCAUAGUCAGCUUUAAAAGGCUCCGAUAAGACAAUGUAAAACAAUUCAAACGAGAAAACUAGUAACGGUCUUAUUUAUGUAAGAAAAAUGAACGAAAAACAAAUAUGAAACACAUAAACAAACGACAACCACUGAAUUACAGGCUCCAGACGUGGGACAUCAUAUAUCAUUCAUCAAAAUUAUCGUUGCAGUUAAUAGAAUUCUUUAGAAAACCAAUCAGGGUCGGUAGGUGUAUUCUUUUGAAAACUGCUAUAUAAAAUCUAUUUAUAUUUUAAUAAUCUAUCCGAGAGUUAACAUAGAUUGACUAAUACUAUCAUGAUUCAAGUCAAUCGUCUUACAAUA